GAUAGAGAUAGAGAGAGAGACAGAGAGAGAGAGAGAGAAAACCAUCAUAGGAUUCAAAUUCUGUGAAUCCAAUUUGGGGAUUUAUAAUAAAUUAACGCAAGAAUUACACAUAAACAAAUGGGCUCAUCAUCAUCUCCAUCAGCAACACCAUAUCUGAAUGGAGAUAUCAAAGGAGGUGGAAGAAGAUCACAGAUUAGUCCAACAAGUUACGAUUAUUCCUUCAAGAUUUUGGUCAUUGGAGAUUCAGGUGUUGGUAAAAGCAGUCUUCUUCUCAGUUUCGUAUCCAACUGUCAAAACCCUUCUCAAGAUAUUUCUCCCACCAUUGGUGUGGAUUUCAAGAUGAAGAUGCUUACAAUCGAUGGAAAACGACUCAAACUGACAAUCUGGGAUACAGCCGGACAGGAGAGGUUCGGUACACUGACAAGUUCAUACUACAGAGGUGCACAUGGUAUCAUGCUCGUUUAUGAUGUUACACGACGAGAAACUUUUACCAACUUAUCGGAAGUGUGGGCACGAGAAGUCGAGCUCUACUCCACACACCCUGAUUGUGUCAAGAUCCUAGUUGGAAACAAGGUUGAUAGGGACGUUGAAAGGGCUGUAACGGUUGAAGAGGGAAUGGCGCUUGCAAAGAAGCACGAUUGUUUAUUUUACGAAUGUAGCGCUAGAACCAGAGCAAACGUACAACAAUGCUUUAAAGAUCUCACCGUAAAGAUACUGGAUAAACCUGGUCUAUUGGAGCAGGGAUCGGUAGUAGUGAAGAGACAAAUCUUGAAGCAGAAACAACUCUCCUUGAAAAAAAGAAGCGACAACUGCUGCUCGUAACCGAAAGCCGUUGUUUAUCCAAAAACGCUUUUGACUCGAGAUGGUCAACCCUGCUCUUGCAUUCUACACAAGUAAGAUGGUGAUUCGAUCCUGUAAACAUCUGUCGUGAACCCUUUUCUUGAACUUGAAAAGAAGGGGAGUUGAGAGUUAGUAGCUUAUAAAUCACAUAGGUAUAGUUUUGUUGUUUAUUUGUUGAAGGGUUUUCACCAAGAUAUAUGGUGUCGUUAGGGUUCAUUUUGAACGAAUGGUAACCCGUUAUGGGAUGGAAGUAAAUAGUUUUGUUUUAGCAUCCUUUUUUGUAAUACAACUUCUUUAAGUAUAUCAGAUUUGCUUUCUCAC